CGGGAGCAGGUCUCCCUCAUCAGCACCUCCUUCGUUCUCAAAGGGGACGCGUCUCACAACCAGGCGAUGGUGCACUGGACGGGCGAGAACAGCAGCGUGAUCCUGAUCCUUACCAAGUAUUAUCAUACAGACAUGGGUAAAGUGCUGGAGAGCUCUUUGUGGAGGUCCUCAGAUUUUGGGACGUUAUACACAAAGUUGAAUCUACAGCCUGGGAUUGCCACUGUUAUUGACAAUUUCUACAUUUGUCCCACCAACAAAAAGAAGAUAAUUCUUGUAAGUUCUUCUCAUAAUGACCGAGACCAAAGUCUUUUCAUAAGCACGGAUGAAGGAGCCACUUUCCAGAAACAACCCAUUGCUUUCUUUGUGGAUACUCUCCUUUUUCACCCAAAAGAAGAAGAUAAAGUACUUGCUUACACCAAGGAAGGCAAGGUUUACGUAUCCAUUGACUUGGGCAAAAAAUGGAUCCUUCUGCAGGAACGAGUUUCAAAAGAUCAUAUUUUUUGGGCCGUUGCUGGAGUUGACGGAGACCCUGAUUUAGUUCAUAUGGAAAUCCAGGACCCCAGUGGAGGUUAUCGCUACAUCACUUGCCAGAUUCAAAAUUGCUCUGAUAAGAUAAUGACAAUCCAGUUUGCUGGUGGCACUGAUCGGGAUUCCCUGACUGUGCAGGAUGACUACAUAUUUCUUCAGACAACGUCAGCCAAUCGGACCAAGUACUACGUGUCGUACCGUCGCACUGGCUUCGUACAGAUGAAGCUGCCGAAAUACGCGUUGCCGAAAGAUUUACAGAUUAUCAGUACAGAUGAAAACCAGGUGUUUGUGGCUGUUCAGGAGUGGUACCAGACAGACACAUACAACCUGUACCAGUCAGACCCCCAGGGCAUUUACUACUCUCUCCUGCUGGAGAAUGUCCGGAGCACAAAGCAGCCGGAAGAGAAUGUCCUGAUAGAUAUUCUGGAGGUCAGAGGUGUAAAAGGAGUCUUUUUGGCCAACCAGAAAAUUGAUGGGAAAGUUACAACUCUAAUAACCUACAACAAAGGCCGUGAUUGGGAUUUUCUAAACCCUCCAGACAUUGAUAUGAAUGGUAAACCUACAAACUGCAAACCUCCUGAAUGCUACCUUCACCUCCAUCUCCGCUGGGCAGACAAUCCCUAUGUAUCAGGAACAGUCCAUACGAAGGACACUGCACCAGGACUCAUAAUGGGAGCAGGUAACCUGGGGUCUCAGCUGGUGGAGUAUAAAGAAGAGAUGUACAUAACAUCUGACUGUGGGAACACGUGGCGUCAGGUCUUUGAAGAAGAGCAUCACAUCUUGUACCUGGACCAUGGUGGAGUUAUUGUGGCCAUCAAAGACACGUCUAUCCCUCUGAAAAUACUCAAGUUCAGCAUAGAUGAGGGCCAGACUUGGAGUACACAUAAUUUUACCAGUACUUCAGUCUUUGUAGAUGGAUUACUCAGUGAACCUGGAGAUGAGACACUCGUCAUGACAGUCUUUGGCCAUAUUAGCUACCGUUCAGACUGGGAACUGGUGAAGGUGGACUUCAGACCAUCCUUCACCAGGGAGUGCACUGAUGAUGACUAUGAAUCUUGGGAGCUCACAAAUCUACAGGGGGAUCGUUGCAUUAUGGGCCAGCAGAGGAGCUUUCGGAAGAGGAAGAUUUCGUCGUGGUGCAUUAAAGGGAGAAGUUUCACAUCAGCUCUCACAUCCAAAGUUUGUGAGUGUGUGAACUCUGAUUUCUUAUGUGACUAUGGGUUUGAACGCUCUGCACCUCUGAAGUCUGAGUCUAGCAAAUGCUUUGCUGACUUCUGGUUUAACCCCGAAGCACCUCCUGAGGACUGCAUGCUGGGGCAGGCAUACACCAGCAGCACUGGGUACAGGAAAGUUGUUUCUAAUGUUUGUGAAGGUGGUGUAGACCUGCAGCAGAACAUAGCACAGCAUAUGUGUCCAUUGAUUGCUCCCAAGGGACUUCAGAUCAACAUCAGAGAAGAAAGCCUGGCUGUUAAGCCUGGGGAAGACAUCACUUUCAUUGUCAGACAAGAGCAGGGUGAUUUAUUGAAUACCAAAUACCAGGUUGAUCUUGGAGAUGGCUUUAAAGCGAUAUAUGUGAACCUUACGAUGACCGGAGAACCCAUCCGUCACCGCUAUGAGAAUCCUGGGAUUUACCGUGUCUCAGUGAAGGCUGAGAAUGUGGCUGGGCAUGAUGAGGCAGUGGUGUUCGUCCAAGUCAACUCUCCACUGCAGGCUUUAAAUUUAGAAGUGGUUCCAGUUGUUGGGAGAAACCAGGAGGUGAAUCUGACAGCCAUCAUACUGCCUAAGAACCCUAAUUUGACAGUCUUCUACUGGUGGAUAGGAAAUAAUCUUCAGCCACUUCUUACAUUGGACAACUUUCUGGUGACAAAGUUUACUGAGACAGGUCAUGUCAGAGUUACAGUGCAGGCUUCCUGUGGGAGCUCCAUGCUUCAGGACUCAAAAGUUGUCCACGUUUUUGAUCAUUUUCAUGUUCUUCCUCUGAAGUUUACUAAGCACCUGGACAUGUACAACCCUGACAUACCGGAGUGGAGGGAAGACGUAGGGCGGGUAGUAACACGACUUCUCGCCAAGGAAACAAAUAUAUCUGAAGAAACACUCAUGACAGUUGUGAAACCUGGUCUGCCCACAACUGCUGACUUGCAUGUGCUACUACCAGCAAACCAACCAAAACGGAAAAGAAGCUUAUCUAGUGAUAAGAGAAUAGCAACUAUAAAACAAGCCUUGAAUGCACACAACAUCAGUUUCUUUCUGAGGGGAGGAUACUGGGUCUUGGUGACUUUAGCUGACUCCAGUUCAGACUCUCAGAGGAUUGGAGGAGGCAGUGGCUACUGGGCUAUUGUGGUUCUCUUUGUUAUCUGUCUAGUUGCAGUUGGGGCUUUCAUCCUCUACAAGUUCAAAAGGAAACUGCCAGGCAGAAAUGUGUAUGCCCAGAUGCACAACGAGAAAGAGCAGGAGAUGACAAGCCCUGUAAAUCAUAGUGAGGACACCCAGAACAUCAUCCAGGGUGAGGAGUUUAUUGAUGAUGAUCUGGACUCUCAAACACUAGGUAACGCAAGAGUGACUCCUUCUGGGAGAAGUGGCAACUUGAACAGCUACAGAGUACCCUUAUUGCUGAUGCCGGUCAGUGUCCAGUCCCAGGCAAUCACUCAGGCGUGGUUUUGAGCAUCAACUCCAGAGAGAUGCACAGUUACCUGGUUAGCUGAUAUUUACCGCUGAACACAAAAACCGAAAGACUCUUCUCUGUAUCGUUUUAUUUUUCCCUGGUGAUGUUAAAAAAAUGCAAAUAUGACUGUAAAUGCUGGUGGAGAGGAGGUUUGUUAUCAGUCCUGUGGAAAAAAGGGUCCAUCAUCAGUUACCAAGGGAGAAGGAUAAUACAUCUUGCAUUCACUCCAUGGCCUGGGAACUCAUUACGAUUGAAACUCAAACUAUGGUAGCAAAUUUGUAGCCCUAGGCACCUUCAAUGCCACCUUAUUUCUUUUCUGUAUAUGCUCUAGUCCUUUAUGUUUAUUUUUAGAAAAAUUGACUGUAACUUUUCAAUUAUAUUUUUAAUUGAGGUAUUCAGCAGAAGGCUGGCACUUUUCAGCCUAAAAAGGUGAUUUUUACACAAGCAACUAAACCAGAACAGAUGAUUGGUUGAUCAUGAUGACUUUUUUUUUUUUAGGAGGCCAAGUGUUUCUGUACUGGGGGAGGACUGAGUGAGGAGUCAAAUGCACUCCUACUCGUUAAACCAAGCUCUUAAACAUGUGUGAGACAAUCUAAUUAAUUUAGGCUUAGGCCCUUCUGUGCAUUAAAGGAAGUACAGUGUUAAUUAAAGAUAUCUCAUAAUAUAGGAUAAUACUCUUCUAACUGUAGCAAGUCCUGACAAACCAUCAGCACCCAUAUCUCCCCAAUCCUACCCUGUGUAAAAGAAAAACACCAGCUUGAUGCUGUUUCCAGACCAGGUGCCUUCACUUGCGGAUGGUCAUUUCCGUUGCCCUCUUCUUGUAUCCUCAGCAAGCUCCUCUAGGACGACGGCAGCUGCCAGAUGAGUUAUCUUGUAAAACCCCAUGCUGGUGGCCUGUCUCUUUUUAAAUUUACAGAGAGUGUAAAUACCUCUUUUAAGUCACUUUCUUUGUAUGGUUAUUUUUUUAAAAACUUCCUCUCAAGACAGAGGUUCCAGGUAGGUCAGAGCUCUCCUCAGGCAUGGCUGGGUAGUGCUCUGUCAUCCCCUUCCCACUCUCAUCCUCCUUUGGGAUUUUUGUUGGCUGUUUGCCCUUGCAGGCAGGGGUGGGCAAAAUCUUACCUGACCUUUUCCACUCGGGUUGGUUUGACAAUCCAGAGAGGCAUGAGGAGGAUGGGCAAUGAUUUAGGGGUUCAUAUUUCCUUGCUGUCACCACAGGGUGUCACUCAGUCCCUAGCACCGCUGGCCCCUAUUUCUGUGGGGAGGGUGGUGGGCCUUCUGAAGGAGCUGCCUGGGGAAGGCUUGUGAGUCAGGUCAGAGUUUCCUAAUCCCAGUUCAGUGAGUUGGGCCAGAAUUUCCUCAUCCUGACCUGUGCCUCCCUGGGGAAUGAAGUGCAGUGAAUCCACACCCUGCUGAUCAUUAACCUGUGGUUUACAGAGCUAUGUAGGAGGUGGACUGCAGUGGGAUGAGUUUAAACAUCUGACAUCCUAUGUGUCACAGCUGCCUGGGAUUAGGAUGCUUCUCUCAGAAACCUGUAUAAUAUCUUCACUUUUUGCCUUUGAUAGAGAAUAAAUAGCUCUUUACUCACUGAAUGUCAUACCGAUGUUAGUGGCAAACUUGCACACCACCUUGCUUAAGGAGGAUACAGAUAGUUAACUACAUCUUUCUGAAUAAACAAAUGGAAAAUAAUGAAUGCUGGUAAAACAGAAAAGAACUGUCUUAAAAUUAUCAUAUGCAUUCCAUGUAGCCAUGGAUAUCCUAAAGCAUAUUGUCAUGAAAUGCAAUGGGCUGGGAUGUAAUAAUUCAGCGUAGUACUGUAGGCUCUCACAAAUCCCACAAGAUGUAUAUGUAAAGCACAAGAAAAUCUAGAUUAUAAACCUACUGCAAUGAACUAGGUGGAAAAGCUUAACUCAAGAUUCUGAAAAGUGCUUGCUUUGCUCAGGAAAAUAUAUUUUUUAAUUGUUCUAAAUUUUCUGCCUAUAUAGUUAUAGUGCCAUGCAAAUCGAGUUACAGAGAAGCACUGCUCUAGCUGACUGUCGUAUGCCAAACUGUGCAGAAAUCCAAGGUGUCAGAUGUAUCUGAGCCUGGGUUUCUUGCAGAGAAAUGCAAAUUAUAAACAUGCGGUGCAUUGGAAACUCUUGGGAUAGUUACACCGGAGGCUUUCCCUUCUCACCAGCUCUUUAUGCUUUUUCUAGUGGAAAUGAGCUGGAACAGAGAAUAAAAUGGUACUACAAACAGCUUACUUAUUCCUGUGAAAUAAAUCUGAAGUGGGUUAUUUGUAUAGGGCAGGUGAGUGGCAGAUUAGCCUCAUAGACAAGGGAUGGGAUGGAAGUUCUAGCUUGGGGUUGUUCUCCCAUGGUUUAUCUGCUUGGCAAAGGACACUGUCGGAACUAAGUCACACACCUACUUUAUGCUUUAACAGCUACUUUUAUACAUUUAAUACAGGUUGAUUUGUGUCUCUGAUCCCAGGAGUCUUUUGGAACACAGUAGAAUAUUUAACUGCUUGGUACUCUAAUUAACACUUAGCACAAUAUAGUGCCUGUAAUAAUGUUUUUCAAUGCUUACUAAUUUGAUUCACGCAACACUCCUGUGAGGUUGGUUUGUCAUGUCUUAAAAACACUGUUUUCUAAAGAUAUGUCAGUAUUGCCAUAACUGUAUCAAUAAUAUCCAGCAGAUAAUAAAGGCAGCCUUUCACACCCUGGCAAGAAUAACUUUAAAAUCAAUUAUUUAAACCUGAGAAAAAUACUAUUUCCACUUUCCCAUUCAUAGUGUCUUGGUUUAUCUUUAAAUGAAGUACUAGCUUUUGAAUCUCUUGAACUAUGUCCAUGAUAUCUUAGCAUUUUAUCUUUUUUUUAUAUCUAAAAUCUUGAUACAUGCAUAUACAGAAGCACAGAGUUCUUUCUAUGAUCACACAUGCAUGCACACACAUGCAGCAUUUGUACAUAUUCCAGUUAAAUUUGUCAGUGAGGAAGGGUGAUUUGAUGGCUAAGAAACAGAAGAUGGCUGUCAGGCACUCAGAAUUUGGGCAAGUUACUUAACCUCUAUGUGCCUCAGUUUCCCCACCUGUAAAAUGGGCUGAUAUUAAUUACCUACCUCACAGGGGUAUUGUGAGGCUUAACUAAUUACUGUUUGUUCUGGGUCUUCAACAUGGAAGAAUGUUGUGGGCAUAAAAUAUUAAUAGUUUUGCUUUCUUUGUUUUACUUGUAAUUCUUGCUGUUACUAAGAGUAGAAUACUGAAACCAGCUGCAAUUGGUAUAAAUGUAAAAAAAAAAGUGUAAUCUGCAAAAGGUACAUUACUGAUUAAAAAAAAAAAAAGUAAUUUGAUUUAAAAACUGUUACUGGAACAUACCUUGCAUGGUGGCAUUGCAACAAUGACUGUGAUUUUGCUAAGUUGCACAUUAGUAUCUUAAACAUAUUUUUCUGUGGUGUUAUUUGGUCAAAAGCCUUAGAAUAAUGGGUAAAGUGAUACUUACCAACACUGAUACUGAACUAUAAUGAAACCAGUAAUAACUGGUGGUGUACUGGCCUUAUUUAUGUCUUUUGGCCUUCCUAAACUCUUAUGGUUUUGUGACUUUAAAAACACACUGUACUUUUCAGAGCACUCCAAGGAGUCCUGAUUUGAAGCAUUCUAGCAGACCCAUCAAGAUUUACAGCGGUUAUCUUUGCUUUCACAUUUGACACUGAAUGUGUCAAAUGGUCCAUCUGUAAAGUGCUCAGAAAUACUCAGAAAACAUGUAGGGAAAAUCCACACACAGUGUAAAUUAGUUUCUCAAAAAUAAAAGCAAUAUAAAUCUAUGAAUUAUUUUAUAUGUUGUAGAAGAGGGUGGUGGAAAUGACUGUGAAGAAAUAGAAAGUGCCAGCACGAGGCAAGAUGCUGUUAUCUGCAACUCACAUCCAAUUUCUCUGCACUGUGUUAGGAUAUCCUCAUUGAAUUACAGCUUUCUUGUUGAGUUUUCUGCUUUCAGUGACCAGUCUAAAGCAGAGCAAAGUGUUUACUCAUAUCAAGUAGCUGAAUUGUUAAAUUACUGUCCUCUGGACAGACAGAGACUAAUCAGUGCUUUGCAGUUAGUAUUUCCUAGGACAAAGCAGAUUUCAUCUGACAUGAUUAUGAUGGUUAGCUGUGUUUUAGGUCGCUGAGACAUCCCUUUAGCAGGAGUACUCCCCUACUGCAUUCUGUCUCUUUCAUAGAGGUCAGGAGAAUGGAACUGCAGUGGUUUCCAUCCUCCUUACAUGAAUACAUGCUCAAAGAAAUGGGGGUGGGGAGGUGGGUUAAUAGUUAAUUGGGUUAAUGAAUUUGAAAAUGGAGUAAUUUUAAGUAAUUGAAUACAUGCACUCGUUUGCAGUAACUUUUGAUGAUGAACUGGUGGUUCUGAUAUUCUUUGAAUUUCUGGUGUUACUUCAAGUUGAAUACAAUGUUGUUAAUAGAAUCAAUGACAAUUUCAGUCCUAGAUUUUUCCUAUGUUUCCUAAAAAUCAAUGUUUUGUAAUUUUUUAUUAAUGAGGCUUUGAGGGGCAAAGAGGGACUAGCAUUUUUAUUUCUUUGCACAAUCCCUGACAGCUGGAGUUGUUAUUGUGUAUCGAUUGAUGCCACUGUAUUGUUUCCACCUUCAUUUUUGUUUCAGUUUUAUAUGAAAGGAAGUGGAUAUUUCUCUCAAAGUACUGACUUUCUGCUAGGAAGACAUUUAUAAGUAUUGAGCUUUAUAAAUAUUAAGAUGCAAAAUUUUGUUGUGUCUUCUAAGUCCAUCAAAAAUCUGCUUCCUGUCUCCUUUUCUUUGUUCUACUCCUAGUCGCACAUUACCUCUACAGCUGUCUUUUUGAGACUGGCAUACAGCCUCAUCUUUAGUCUGAGACAGUCUUUCUAAAACUGCCAUUAGAAUAGCAUUUAAUUGCCUCAAAAUAGUUACAGGAUCUGCUCAGACCAUUUUCCUAAGGUUAAGUCUAUAUUUUCAUGUUCCUUAUUUCCAUUCAGAAUUUCAGUAUCAGCCCUCUUGGUGCCAUUUAAAUGCAUGUAUUUUUUUCCUGUAAUGGAUAUAUAUGUAAUGGGGUUUUUUUACUUAUUUUCAGACUAUGAUCAUCAAAGUGAAAAAUUUUGAAAUAACUUGGACCCCCAGUUAGCUUUUGCAAUUAAAAGCCUGGCCCUGCAGUCUUUGUGAAGUGUCACGCUGUGCACUUUUAAUUUGUUAAUGUUUCAUAAUUCAGACCUUUUACCCAAUUGAUCAUCUCAGUAGCUUUUCUUCCCAUUUGUUUUGUAACUCAAGCUGGAAGGAGUGCAGAAGGGUUCCUCAGUGUUGAAAUGGCCUAGAACAGCUCGCUUCCCAAACCUGAAUGGGAAUGUUGUGUGAAUAAGGUUUUUAUUUUUCUUUUCAAGUACAUUGCAUAGAGCAGAGAGCAUUAUAUAUCCCAUCAGGCAAUAAGGACCUGUUAUGAUAUUUCAAGAUGGUGUGAAGACUAGACAAUGGAUUCCUCUUAAAAAUUUCUUUCUUCCCCUGAAAUUGAAACAUACAGCAAGUUAGUUUCAUGAUCUUUAAUAUGUGAGAUCUCAUAUUUGUGGAGCCAUAUAUGACUGAAUGAAGGAUUUUCAUUCUUUUCAUAGAAUCAUAGAAUCCUAGGGGUUGGAAGGGACCUCGAAAGAUCAUCUAGUCCAACCCCCCCUGCCACAUCUCUUUCUUUUCCGUAUGUGAAACUUCUCUGAAUUAGUAUUUUCAGCUAGUUUAUGUCUGGUAGCUGAGAUGAUCUUCCAGAAGACAGUAUCUGAGAUAGGAAAUACUCGAAGGCUUAGAAAUACAUAUUCUGAAGUGGAACAAUAUAGCUAUGUGAUCAGUGCUAGGCUUUGACUAUGCUCGACAAAACAAAAUCUUUACAAAAGAGCUGUUAUGGUCUGUAUUAAAAUACUUCUUUAAAUAGUAUCUGUAAAAAUACAUGUUCUUAAUUAUGUACUCUCUGUCUCUCCUUCCAGAUUGAUUUUCUUUUAGGGGUGACAUUUACUAGCCCUGAAAAAAAGUGGAUUCUUUCCCUUACACAAGUAAUUCUGUUGAAAAUUACUUCCAUGCAGCAACUUAAAGCAUUACAUAAACUUGAGCUUUAUUGAUCAGACUUGAUUUCUGGGUUUCUAUAGAAUUUGCAUCCUUACACUAAUUUGUUGCAAUACAGUGGAUGUGAAGCCUUAUUGGGCAGGGAUAAUACAUGCAGCAGUACAUGGUGCUACUUAAAUAAUAUGCCUUUGUUGCACGUAUGUCUAGUGGUAUAAUGAGUCUAUUAAUCACUAGGAAGGCCAGGCAUUCCAAAUAUCUUUCUUAGCAUGUCAUAGAUUUUAUGUUAUUUGUUGCUAAUUUUAGCCAGCUUUUGAUACUUGUAUUUGGUUCCUACUAACAGUGCCUGCUCUUGGAGAUCAGAGAGCAAGAACUGGCUUAUUCUGUUUUCCAAAAUAUUCAUUCACAGCAUUUGCUUAUUACUUAAAACCGUUUAAAAAGGAAAUCUUGAAAGAGUGAAAGAGAUGCUUUUUAAUGGGAACAGCUCACGUAGGAAAACAGCAGACUUGAAUCCACAUGGUUUUGGAGACAUUCUUUUUAUGAAUUAUGAACAGGCAGGACUAUGCAGAAGGGGAAGUGUACAUCCCAAACAUCAGUAACAUGCACAUAGGCAGUUUGCAAAUGAUAAAAGUAGUCUAAAGGAGAAUAUUUUAAUGCACUACUUCUAUGUCACAGAUUCAUAGACGGGCAUUUAAGUGGUUAAGAUUACAGAAAUCCAUCACAAACGUGGGAAGAUGCCCAAUUCACUAGCUCCAUUAGCAUGUAAAUAAAUUCCUCUUUUGGGGUUAAUUUUUUGAGAUGCUGAACUCUCCAGAGAAGUGACCUGCAUUGUUUAAUGUUUCUAGCUUUUUGCUAAGUGACUUGGUGACACUUUAUUAAAAAAAAAAAAAAAGUCUGAAUUUCCACUCCCUUCUGUUUCCCUUUCUUCACUUCUUUCCCCUUCCUCUUUUUAUCCUUUUCUUUCUCAGUAUUGCUGCUGUUUCUUGCUCUUUCUUUCCUGUCUCCUGCUCCUGAUGACAUCUCUCUACAGUCUGCCUUUUUCUUCCUUGAUUUUUGUUUCGCUUUAUGUUCUGUUUCUACAUGUGUUUUUAUGUGUCUAUGCACCUACUGUGUCCUGAGUAGGAACAAGAAUCAUGGUCCCUUCCCCAUCCCUAUCUCUCCUCUGAGCCCUGCUUGUACUAUCUGGGUUUGUGUUGUGUGCUUUGUCUUUCUGCAGUCCAUCCUUCCCAGUUCUUUCCCACUUUAAGGUUUUUUAAUUGUUUCACUGUUAAUUUUGGCUCUUAGUUUCUUGGAAUCUUUCUGGAACUCUUCCUUUUUGCCUUUCUAGGAUGUGUCUCAGCUGCCUCUCCCAAAGAGCACAUACUUCUUGUCUGAGAUGUGGAUGAGUGUUGUACUCCCUGGAAGAAUAAUAAGCGUUGGUCUCUCUAAUCCACGUAUAUAUUGGCCUUGUUGUCUCUCCAUAGUGGAAGAUCAUAUUGAUUGACUGACAGCUAUACCCGUUAUCUCCCAAAUUGCAUCUCCUGCAUCAUUUUGGGUGUUGGGGAUGAGACAUGGUGUUUGCUUGAGUUUCCCGGGGCACAGCAAGGGCUCGUUUGCUUUGGCAGCCCUUCAAGCUGGCAGGUACAGAGUUGCAGCAAGGUUGGGCAGAGAUGCUUUGCCCCAGACUGUUGGGCUGCCUUUGUGUUUCCAUAUGGGAAAUACUGAGGACCAAGUUACUUUUAGAUAAAAUGUUACAACUGGCAGCUAAAGAAUUGGCAAGGUAACAAGGGUCCACUACUAAUAGA